GCGCGCUCAAUUCUCAGUUUCAUUCACUUCACUGAAACUCAGAUGAACUUUAGUUUGGGACUUUUUUUUUCUGUUUUUUUGUUCUUCGGUUUUCUUUCGCGAGGCUUUUCUCCUGCAGCACGAGGAGCAACAGGAGAAGAGGAAGAUUUAACCGAGAGGACUUGGAGCACACUGCGGCUCUCUGGGAACAUCUGCUGCCCGGAGGUAUCCCUCAACAUCUGCCAACAGGCUGACCCGGGAUAUCUGCCGUCUGACUCGGGAUAGCGUCUGUCCUCCAUCAUGCAGCCCGCUGCGUGCCGCAGCCUGAUCCUGUUUAAGAUCCUGCUCCUGGUUCAGGUCCUGGUCCUGGUUCAGGUCCUGCACCAUCCUGCUGCAGGGUACAAUCUGGAUAUGGAACACAGUCUGGAGUUCAGCGGCCCACCCUCGUCCAUGUUUGGAUACUCGGUCGUGCUGCAUCGCCAUGGAGCCCAUAGCUGGUUGGUGGUUGGAGCCCCGGUGGCAAACUCGUCCUCUAGUCCGUCGGUUCAAUCUCCAGGAGCCCUUUACCGCUGCAACAUCACCGCUGAGUCCCGCCCCUGCCACCCCAUGCACGCCGAUGUUCGUUACUGUGGAAAGACGUGCGACGCAGAGAGUGAUCACCAGUGGUUAGGUGUUAGUCUGUCCAGACAACCUGGAGUCGACGGGGGAUAUAUCCUGGCAUGUGCUCACCGCUGGAAGAACGUCUUCUACUCAAAGAAAGACGGUCAGAACAACAAGCUGCCAAACGGAGUUUGUUAUCGCUACGGAAACGACCUGAAACACGCCCAGUCCAUCAUACCCUGCUACAGAGACCAUCAGAGGAAGUUCGGUGAGGAUUAUGGGUCGUGUCAGGCGGGCAUUUCCAACUUCCUGACAGAGGAUCUGAUCAUCAUGGGGGCCCCGGGGACGUCCUAUUGGACAGGUUCAGUUCUGGUCUUUAACACGUCCAGCGGGCAGAUGUCAGUGUACCUGGACGACGAAGCCGGAGCCGUCAGCUUUGGAAGCUACCUAGGUUACGCUGUUGGAGCCGGCUCCUUUUCGAGUCCUGGCACUCAGGAGGUGGUGGGUGGGGCUCCGCAAUACAACCAGAAGGGCAAGGUCUUCAUCUUCACCGUGGACGCAAAAAUGCUGCAAGUCGUCUCUGAGGUGUCUGGAAAAGAGCUGGGAUCUUACUUCGGCUCCAGCGUGUGUGCGGUGGAUCUGAAUGCUGAUGGCUUGUCAGAUCUGUUGGUCGGCGCUCCCCUGGCAACAGGCGUCACGAGAGAGGAGGGCAGAGUCCAUGUGUACAUCAACCAGGGGAAUGCAAAGCUGUUGGAGGCGGAAUUUCAGCUGAGUGGCAGUGACGCCUACGCCGCCCGCUUUGGAGAGACCAUCGCCGACCUGGGAGACUUAGACGACGACGGUUACCCCGAUGUGGCCGUUGGCGCCCCACAGGAAGACGAUCUAAAAGGAGCCGUCUACAUUUUCAACGGCAGGGAGGAGGGCAUCUCGCCAACUCCAUCCCAGAGGAUUACUGGAUCCACUCUGGGUCGUAACCUCAGGAUGUUUGGCCAGUCGCUCAGCUCUGGCAUUGACAUCGAUGAUAACGGCUACCAAGAUGUGGCGGUUGGUGCUUUCCUCUCAGACUCUGCCGUGGUUCUCAGGACCCGUCCGGUGAUUCAGGUGAAGGCAUCCCUGAUUCUGCCCGAGGAAAUCGACCAGCAGGUGACCCUGUGCCAGGAACACCAGACUCCAACUGUCUGCUUCAAUGUGACCGUCUGCUUCAGUGUCAAGUCAAGACACUUCAAAGGAGCUAUAGCUCUUCAAUAUAAUUUGACCUCUGACUUGCUCCACAAGCCAUCCUUCCCUCAUCGUUUCUAUUUCCAUGGCAACGGGUCAUCCAAUAGCACAAGGGGCCGUGUGGUAGCCAAACAAGGCCAGCUCACUUGUACAACCCAUGUGGCUCACCAAAGGAAAGAUGUGAAAGACCUUUUUACUCCAGUCAAGUUUGAGGUGUCUUACAGUCACAGAGAAACAAGCACCCACAGAAGCUCUUCCAAAACGCUUCCUCCAUUAAAACCCAUUCUUCAGCAGAGCGCAGGACACCUGAACACUAUCACCAACCAGACUUGGUUUGCUCGUUCCUGUUCACUGGUGAACUGUUCGACCAACAUGCAGCUGUCUGCUCAACUGGUUCUGCAGCAUCAGCAGCAUUACUUUGCCCUCGGCUCCGGACAGACGAUCAUGUUGAAAACCUCGCUACUGAACUCCGGAGACGAUGCCUUCCUGCCGCGACUGACGCUGCGUUUCCCCGACAACAUCCACUACAUUAAAGUACUGCAGAACGAGGACAAUGUUGUCAGCUGUGAUGUCACACAGGAAGUCAACACUACGAUGGCAGGUGUGGACUGCAGCGUCACCAGCCUUCUCCUCGCUGCCAACGCCAGGUUGAAUAUCAACUUCCUAUUGGACGUAAACCAGAACAGCACACCUGGUGAGGUCCCCAUUCACGUCAACACUGGAAGUGAUAACUACGAGAAGGAAGAUUAUCUCUAUGACAACUCGGUCAGCCUCCUCCUUCCUCUCAAAUAUGGAGUCAACAUUAACAUUCACGGUUUUGUGACUCCCACCUCAUUUGUGUUUGGAGAUGAAGACACGAAUCCGGUCGACUGCUACACAGAGAGAUUCAACUACACAUACAAGGUGUUAAACUCCGGCCCCAGCAGGUCUGUAGAUACCGUGGUCGACAUCACGCUACCCAAGAUCCUCACACCAAGCCGGCACAGACUGCUGCAGGUGGUAGACUGGCAGUCGUCUCAUGGUGUGUGUUCGAUCAGUGACACGACUGUCUCCGUCCUCGAGGACUGUGAGGUGCCUCGAGCUUCCUUCAUCAAACAGCUCAUCUUCUUCUUCUCCUUCUCCUCCACGCGCAGAAUGUUUUGUGGCCGUGGUGAUGAGCUGUGUGAGCGGCUAGUGUGUCGCCUCGGUAACCUGGAGGCGGGGAGAGAUGCUCUAAUCCAACUGGAGAUCACACUGAACCCUGCUGUACUACUCCAAGCUCCGGGUCGUCACAGUGUCAUGAGGCUUGAGAGCACAGCGACCAUGUCGAAUCCCACAGGCGGUCUCCACACCGUCCUCAUCACGGAGCGACCUGCAGCACAGGUGGAGGUAGAAGCGCUUUUCUCCCAGAAACCCUCAACAACAGUGAAAGUCUUCAUCAUUGUCGUCAGUUUAGUUUUAGGUCUGAUGAUCCUAGCUGCUCUCAUCUGGUGUCUUUGGAAGGCAGGUUUCUUUAAGAGGGAGUUCCAGAAGAAAGAAGAAGAGGAGGAGAAGUUAAAGAGGGACAGCUGGGACUACGUCCCUAAAAACAACCAAAGAGAGAGCUAUUCAUAACACGGCACAUCUCCUCUGACCCCGACCUCUGACCUCUAACUACUAGAAGAAGAAGUUCACAUUGUGACCGUGCAACAGUUUCUAUGAGAGUUGUGUUGACGGAUGGAUGGAGCGCUGCUUAUGAAAAUAUGGCAUGGCCAAUCUUUUUUAAAACAGUAGAACAAUACUGCUGCUGAGCGUCAUCGGCCAAUGAAAUCCAUCCAGCACGACUCGGCUGUUUUGUCUCCUAGCGAGUCAGUUGGUCAUCAUAGAGCUGACAGUGAGUGUGUGAUGGCUGACAAAAUGACUCCAGUGAACGCCUCCUGUGCACUCCUGAAUGACCAUGACCUUUCAAAACUAUUUUGCGCUUCCAAAAAUACAGAUUAAUCCUGCAGCGUUCCAGGAUAAUUUUUCUUUUUUUUUUUAAACGGAAUAGACCUGUCGGAAAGGCCUUUAAGCUCACAGAGCCAAGCAUCACCUGUGACAGUUAUCGAUGACCGCCGCUUUGAAGAGGAAACAAAUCAAAGGAGGUGAAUUUCUGAUGACUUUUGGAUCUCAUGGGAUGGAAGCCCCGGUCCCUGACAGGCUCAUAGCUCUCCAUAAAAACACGCUAUUUUGUCAUUGUGCAUUUUUGUUUACCUGCUGACCAACAUUUUAUGCACUGGUAACACACUGAGGGGCGGGAUGUGCUUGUAUAGGGCUUAUACUUAUGUUUAAAUGGAGCCACAGAGCCCCUUCAGCCUGUGUUAACUUUAAAUAUCUUUCAGUUGUCCCUCUUGACCCCGGAUGGUGAGAUUUCGCAUCACUUGAAUUUAAACUUAUGAUGAGGAAAAGUAAAUGUAAUUUAAAUUUUUUUCUGCAGGCGUCACGAUAACAAAAAUCCUCUCUUCAAAAAUGACAAAUCGCAUGUGACGUCAAGUAAGACUUGAAUAGUUUCUGCGAUUUGGAGAUACAUUUAACUUAUAGACGACUAUUUGAUAUUCUUAAGGAUGCUUCAUCUAGAACAUAAAAUCAUCAAACAUAAAUGAACCGCAGUCUCACUGCAACUGAUGUCGGACCUCUUUGUUCAUGUUAAUCCAGAUCAGGAGGCAACGGUAAGCCGGCUGCAUUCUCUCUACUGACCAGCAGGGGGCGACUCCUCUGGUUACAAAAAGUGGUCAGAAAGAAAAGAAAAGAAAAUGAGUCCAUGAAGUAGACAGCGCUUUAGGGUAGGUACCUUGUCAUUGACAGGUCACUGCCGCGUCCAGAGCCUGAUCCGGGGUCAAUCCUCUGCACUCCAGAUCCAGAUGUACUUUCUUGGUCGCGACCUUAUUUUGUAAAGCGCCUGAAUGUCACCGGGUUCUUUGAUGCAGACCUUCUGGGUUUGGACUGAGUUAUCGAGUUUCGUCACAGUAAAGGAAGCAGCUUGUCGGGGAACAGAGCCAGCAGAGCCACAGGGUUCAAUGACGGAACAGUACUUGAAGAAGUGUUCAAAAGCAGUUUAACCAUCUGUAUUUUGUGAAUGCAGACAUUUAAAACAGCUGCCUUCCUCCAUUCUGAUUAUCUAUUUAGUACAAAUGCACAUCACACAGAGAUGUUUUUAAUAUUUUAAUAAAUCUGUUUGUUUUAUGUUUAUGUGAAGUUGAAGUCUGCACUGGAGUCUCACUGCUUGUACAUGCAAUUUUAUAUUAAAUGAAGGGUUUUCUAUUUAAA